AUGUCGCACACGCACUCCCACGACCACGGCGACGGCGGCCACCACCCCCACAGCCAUUCUCACGACUUCAAUUCCCAGAGCGGCUUCAACGCCCAGGAGCACGGCCACAGCCACGAGAUCCUUGAUGGACCAGGCAGCUUCUUGGGCCGCGAGAUGCCCAUUGUCGAGGGCAGGAACUGGGACGAGAGAGCUUUCACCAUUGGUAUUGGCGGCCCCGUAGGCUCCGGCAAAACAGCCCUCAUGCUCAACCUCUGCCUCGCCCUGCGCUACGAACACUCCCUCGCCGCCGUCACCAACGACAUCUUUACGCGCGAAGACGCCGAGUUCCUCACCCGCCACAAGGCUUUGCCCCCGCAGCGCAUCCGCGCCAUCGAAACAGGCGGGUGUCCGCACGCUGCCGUGCGCGAGGACAUUUCUGCCAACUUGGCUGCUCUCGAGGACCUGCAGGCUGAAUUCGACACGGACCUGUUGCUGAUCGAAUCGGGCGGCGAUAACUUGGCGGCGAACUACAGUCGCGAGCUGGCGGAUUAUAUCAUCUAUGUGAUUGAUGUGGCGGGAGGCGAUAAGGUGCCGAGGAAGGGCGGGCCGGGCAUCACGCAGAGUGAUUUGUUGGUGGUGAACAAGACGGAUUUGGCGGAGGCGGUGGGGGCGGACUUGGCGGUGAUGGAGCGAGAUGCGAGGAAGAUGAGGGAGGGAGGACCGACGGUGUUUGCGCAGGUUAAGAAGGGCGUGGGCGUGGAGCAUAUUGCUGGGUUGAUUCUGAGUGCGUGGAGGGCCAGUGGGGCGGAGGAGAACAGGAGGAGAAAAGGGGGGCCGAGACCUACUGAUGGGUUGAAGGAUUUGGAGAGGCUGGCUUCCCCCUCUUGA